AUGACAAGCGAUGGAAUGUUCACUUCUCCCACCGAAUCGGAAUUUUCGGUCAAUAAUGAUGGAUUGGAUUCAGUCCGGUCGUGGGACGAGAAAAAGGUUGCCGAUUGGCUCCAUAGUAUAAGAUGCGGACAAUACGAGCCUCUAUUUAAAGCGAACAAUUUUAAUGGAGACAACCUGCUCGAGUGCGAUCAGAAGAUCCUUCAAGAGAUUGGAAUAAAAAAGAUCGGCGACAGGGUCCGCAUUUUCGUCGCCAUCAAACAACUCCGGAAUAAAGCUCUCAUCAAUCGCAAAAAGAACAAUAUGGACCCCCUUGCGGCCCUCGAAGCUACGACAUAUGCACCUUUAUCAAACGACGUAUACUCAUCUUCCACUUCUCGCAAUCCGCUAACGUCGAAGUGGUCUCGUCAAUUCGAUGCUAUUGGCGGCCGAUCGAAUUCACGGCCCUCGUCGCCUAUGACCAUGGAUGAUAGAACACGAGCAUUUCGAUACGCUGGUAGUCCGGUAGAUGGCCCUCGACGAGAUGGUAUGCCUGGUUAUUUAAGUCAUCCAUCUUCUGCCGGAUCAGGCUCUGGACGGCACCCGAUCACACCGGGGGAUAGUUCGCAGAUUUCGCAUCUAAGACAAAACCCCAGCAUCGACGGUUAUACCAUAGGCUCUCUUCCAGCGAACUCUCAUGUCAUCCGAAUCAUCUAUACUGGCGGACAGACAAAGGCUAUGAACGUGAAAGGUUGCAAAAACGCGGAAGAAAUCAUGCUUUAUGUGCUCAGGAAACUACAACUCCCAGAAUAUCAACACCGGAGCUAUUGCUUCUACGUAUUGGAUGGAUUAGAACCUGACCCAGCGAACUGCCGACGGGUGACGGACUCUGAAUUGGUGAGAAUCUGCGAAGGUUCUCAAAAAUCUGAACGUGGCCGCCUCAUCUUGAGGAAGAUCCAUGCGGGAGAGCCCGAUGCUGAUGAAUUACGCCGUGCCGCUCAGUUGGCUCUCGACGAAAGUCAGGCUACUCAUCUGAAUGCUUUGAGCAGCUCCAACGCCCGGAAUCAGCUCAAGAUUCAGCAACUGACAGGAGAACCGUGGCAUCAUAUCAAACAACCUAUCUCUCCGUUGACCUCUGAAAGGUCGAGACAUCUAGCAAAUGAUGAGCACGAAGCUUCUCCAACUUCAUCAGUCAUGGAGCGCCCAUCAGCUUCUAAAUUACGAUCAUUCUUCGGAGCUCGACCUCCUAGCGAAAUGAUCAUUCAUGAACUGACAUCUUAUUUCCCAAGUCAUCAACCGCAAGAUAUUGAGAAGACGAUGCGUCUUUCCGUUCGAAGAUCUCAGCGACUCAGUCGCGCCGCGAGUCGGCUGAGUGUGGUCAGUAACAUCAGCUUUGCUUCAAGUAUGAAGGAUGCGCCUCCCAUCCCUAGCAUCGCCGACACUUGGCUUGCAGGAGGCCAAUUGGCUCGUCCAUCCCSGCCUUUGUCAGUUGCAAGGUCACAUCUUCCUCAGGUCUCAUACCGGGACUCGAUUGCUUCGAGUUCUCUACAGCCUCUCCAGGAGGAGUCUCCUAUAGAACCAGAUCGCAAGUCAUAUGUAUCAUUCGGAAGUGGAUCCGACCCUGUGUCGGGUGAUGCAAGCUCAACUCAAAGGAGUUUCCUCGACGAGACGCUGAGCGUCGCAGCCACUGAUGGCGGUGGCUCUUUGAACGAACGAUUGAGCAUGAUUGUGGCGGAGGACGGAGAAGAAGAGGACACCGGUCUUGCCGACUUCUUGAACGGAGAUAAUUUCGCUGCUAAGAACUGGAUGAAAGGUUCCCUCAUUGGUGAAGGUUCUUUCGGAAGCGUCUUCCUCGCACUUCACUCGAUUACUGGAGAGCUCAUGGCUGUGAAACAAGUCGAGCUGCCGUCUGCUACAAAGGGUACUGAGUUUGAUAAGAGGAAAAACACUAUGGUCACGGCUCUGAAACAUGAGAUUGAACUCUUGCAAGGGCUGCACCAUCCUAACAUUGUCCAAUAUCUCGGAACCUCUGCAGACGACCACAACCUAAACAUUUUCUUGGAAUACGUUCCCGGUGGUUCCAUCGCGGAAAUGCUCAAACAAUACAAUACCUUCCAAGAGCCGCUUAUCAAAAACUUUGUCCGCCAAAUCCUUGCCGGAUUAUCCUACCUCCACAGCCGAGACAUCAUCCACCGUGACAUCAAGGGCGCCAACAUCCUCGUCGACAACAAAGGCGGCAUCAAAAUCUCCGAUUUCGGCAUUUCAAAACGUGUCGAAGCAUCCGCCAUGCUGGGCUCGAGCGCAGUCAGCGGAAGAGGCCACCUACACCGCCCUUCCCUUCAAGGUAGUGUCUACUGGAUGGCUCCUGAAGUCGUGCGCCAAACGGCGCAUACCAAGAAGGCCGAUAUCUGGAGUCUGGGCUGUCUUGUCGUUGAAAUGUUUAUUGGUUCUCACCCAUUCCCCGAUUGUAGUCAGUUACAAGCCAUCUUUAGGAUUGGUAAUAACCAAGCGCGACCCCCUGCACCUGAGCAUGCUAGUGACGAAGCUCGUGCGUUUUUGGAUGUGACCUUUGAGAUCAAUCAUGAGAAAAGGCCUAAUGCGGAUGAGUUGUUGGAGUGUGAGUUUUUGGCUGUUACUGUUGGUUAG